UCUCUCGAGGCGGACUCGGGAGCAGCGCCGACGCCGAGAGCUGCCGGCGCAGCCGCCGCUAGCCCGGCAUGGCCAUGGCGUCCCCGGCCAUCGGGCAGCGCCCGUACCGGCUACUCUUGGACCCAGAACCGCCGCGCUAUCUACAGAGCCUGAGCGGCCCCAAGCCGCCGCCGCCGCCGCCGCCCCCGGGCCGGUCCUCGCGCCGCUGCGCCCCCGCGCCCCUCUCCACUGCGCCCGGGGCGCACGAGGGACGCGGUGCCAGAUGGGCUGCCCGGGGGGACUUGGAGCCACAGCCUCGGGCUUCCCGACCCGCUCGCCCGCUCCGGCCUGGUCUGCAGCAGAGACUGCGGCGGCGGCCUGGAGCGCCCCGGCCCCGAGACGUGAGGAGCAUCUUCGAGCAGCCGCAGGAUCCCCGCGUCCCGGCGGAGCGAGGCGAGGGGCACUGCUUCGCCGAACUGGAGCUGCGGAGUGGCUGGGGCUGGUGUGACCUGUGCGGACGAGAGGUGCUGCGUCAGGCGCUGCGCUGCGCUAACUGUAAAUUCACCUGCCACCCGGAGUGCCACAGCCUGAUCCAGCUGGACUGCAGUCAGCAGCAAGGCCCCUCCUGGGACAGACCCUCUCCAGAAAGCACCCUCACUUCGACCUUCAGCCAGAAUGACUGUAAGCCCGCAGAGGAGCCGUGGUGCCCGCCCACGCUGCAGGAGAUCAAGCAGAAGAUUGACAGCUACAACACCCGGGAAAAGAACUGCCUGGGCAUGAAGCUGAGUGAAGACGGCACCUACACGGGUUUCAUCAAAGUGCAUUUGAGACUUCGGCGGCCAGUGAUGGUGCCUGCUGGGAUCCGGCCCCCGUCCAUCUAUGACGCCAUCAAGGAAGUGGACCUGGCAGCCACCACGGACAAGCGGACAUCCUUCUACCUGCCGCUGGAUGCCAUCAAGCAGCUGCACAUCAGCAGCACCACCACGGUCAGUGAGGUCAUCCAGGGGCUGCUCAAGAAGUUCAUGGUCGUGGACAAUCCCCAGAAGUUUGCACUUUUUAAACGGAUACACAAGGACGGGCAAGUGCUCUUCCAGAAACUCUCCGUUGCUGACUGCCCCCUCUACCUGCGCUUACUCGCUGGGCCUGACACAGAUGUGCUCAGCUUCGUGCUAAAGGAGAACGAAACUGGAGAGGUGGAGUGGGAUGCCUUCUCCAUCCCCGAGCUCCAGAACUUCCUAACAAUCCUGGAAAAGGAGGAGCAGGACAAAAUCCAACAAGUGCAGAAGAACUAUGACAAGUUUAGGCAGAAACUGGAAGAGGCCUUAAGAGAAUCCCAGGGCAAACCUGCCUAGCUGGUCCUGCUACCUCUUCUCCCGAUGCCCAUGGAUUUAUUUUUAUUAUUGAUUAUUACUUUGCCACAGACACUUUUUCUCAGGACACCUCUGUUGGGUGCAUCUGUGCCCGCCCAGCAGUUCCAGACGUGGCACAAAAUCUCUGAUGGACACGUGUGUGCGUGGAGUUGGGGCCUGCCCACCAUCACGCUGUGCCCUCUGCACACUGCCCAGGAGCAGCGCUCGCUCGUGUGAAAGAUCCGCCGCGUCCUCUCACCACCGGCAAGCCUUUCACAAACCAAAUAGUUGCCUCUCUC